AUGCCUGAUGCCUUGCACUGGCUCGGUGUUACCAAGAUUGACAAGCUCGUAUCGAUGAGCGACAUGAAUAUCGAAAUCGUGGAGCGCAUUCCGAUUCCGGAAGAAUUAGUGCCCAAGGAUGCCCAGGUGGAAAUAACUGCUAAAGAUAUACCGGUUAUAACGGUGGCGGCGUGUACAGGGUAG